AUGGCUAACGCGAACCACUAUCAGGUCCUCGGUAUCGAUAUCCAAGCUAAUGACGCCGUGAUCAAGAAGGCAUAUAGGCGGGUUGCGCUCGCGAACCAUCCCGAAAAGACCCUGCACUUGUCAACAGCAGAAAUCGAGCAGCGAACCAAAAUCUUCAAGCUAGCGACUACAGCGCAAGAAGUGCUGCUCGACCCGGCGAAAAGAAAGAGCUACAACAAGACACUAGCGCGGGCAGUGAGGCCAUCCAGUGCACCAACUGCGCGACCUCCCCAAGCGCGACCUCCCCCAGCGCAACCUCCCCCAGCGCGACCGCCUCCGGCCUCUGUCUCCCAUGCACCAGGCUUUAAAAGGCCUCCGCCGCCCCGAACCACAUCGAGGGGGACUGAUCCGUUCCAGCCUCCGAAGUCCCACUACUUCGGUGGCCCAAGAGAGCCGCCAUCAAGCAAAGCAACGCAGACACCACCCCAGAACACCCACCCCUUCACCACCGGCAGUCCAGCCACCUACCCCCCACCAACCCCCUACUUCUACGCCCCAGUAACAGAAACGCCCCAACGCACAAUCCUCACCUACUCCAACAACGACAAAUGGAAGUUCAGCAUCGGCAUCUCAAAGAAGUACGAAGGGAUCACACCAAAGACAUGA